CCAAGCCGUUAGGAGAGCAUUCAGCAUCAGCUGUUCAACACUGGUCUCUUAUUGCUGGAAGUCGGGGCUGAAUCAGUCACAUGACAGAACUGGAGGCAGAGAUCUAGAGAAAAGGCACAGCAUUUCGGCUUGCACCGCCAUACUGUAUUUUGAGCCAUAUCACAUUUUUAUUGCAACAUUUUACUCCCGCUCGGAGGGCAACUGGAGGAGAAUGACUGGUAAAACCCAGACAAGCAACGUGACCAACAAGAAUGACCCGCGCUCCCUCAACUCCAGAGUCUUUAUUGGCAACCUCAACACAGCCAUUGUCAAGAAGACCGAUAUAGAGGUCAUCUUUGCCAAGUACGGAAAGAUAGUGGGUUGUUCUGUACACAAGGGUUAUGCCUUCGUACAGUACUUGAACGAGAGGAACGCUCGGGCGGCUGUGGCAGGAGAAAAUGCCCGUAUCAUCGCUGGACAGCCUCUUGACAUAAACAUGGCAGGCGAGCCCAAACCAUACAGGCCCAAAGCCGGCUCCAAACGGCCGCUCUCCGCCGUCUACAGUGGUUAUGAAUUUGAUUACGAGUACUACAGGGAUGAUUUCUACAGCAGGCUUUUUGACUACCAUGGCAGAGUGGCCCCCCCACCAAGAGCCGUGAUCCCCCUCAAACGCUCCAGGGUGCUCGCUCCCUCCUCCCGCCGCGGGAAGACCUCCUUCCCCAUCAAGACAUCUUCCUCUUCCUCCUCUUCAUCAUCCAGACCUCCCACAUCAUCCUCCUCCUCCGGGCUCAAACCAGUGAAGACGGACCAGCUUCAGACCAUCAAACGGGAGCUGACUCAGAUCAAGAUGAAGAUCGACUCUUUGCUGGGACGCCUGGAGAAGAUUGAGAAGCAGCAGAGAGUCGAGUCUGAGGCGCAGAGAAAGUACGAUGACAACUGCGACUCCCUGCAUGAGGAGUCUGUGUCCGAGACGGCAGAAAACUCUGGGGAGGAGGCCGGCGAGGGGGCGCUGGACGUGGAGGCGGGAGAGAUGACCGAUGGAGGUGAGGACGACUACGACGAGGAGGGCGGCCACCAUCUGAUAGAGAACCAUGUAUCGGAUAUUGACAACUGAGAUCAGGGUGAGGAAGCAGACACUUCUGCUUAGAAUUCAUCAUCACCUUCAAGAGACAGAAAAGGAUCUCUGAGGGAUCAAGACAACCAUUCUGGACUGUAAGUUGUGUUCAAGAGAUGAUGAAUCGCAUUUUUAGAUGCCCAACUGUGCAGCACAGACCGAAUGUGAUUUGCUCUCUAAAGAAAAUUGUAUUCAAGACCCAUUUUAAUGCAUUGGCCUGAGUUGACCCUCAUGGAUAUUCUGUACAACUUCUAUUUCAUUGCAAGAGGCUGAUAUUCCUGUUCUUGAAAAAAAAUAAAAAUAAAAAACAGAUGUGAAGGAAAUAAAAA